UAAAUAACAGAACAUACCAGUUCCAGUCCAUGUUCAAGUGGGCGCUCCAAAAGGAAAACAAAAAUCGAGCACGCUAUGCUCAUGUCGAGCGACAGGCUCAUCCGGAUCAAGAUAUCCCGGAGAUACAGGAGGUGUAUGAUAUGUUGAGAGGACAUCCGGCUUCAGCGCCUACCUCGGAAGGUUUCCGAAACUACAUCAGAAUGUUGAGUGGCGUGCACAGACAGUAAGUUACCCAGCUAUGUCGAUAUAUACUGGAACACCGCGAUCAUCAUUUUGGCAUGAGUAUUUACUUCUUUUUUCUGCGCGCAAAAGCGCAUUGGAGAAUCUUGCCAACAGAUUGAUAGGGUUGGAUCACCGUGACGAUGUAAGUAUCUUUCUGU